CGAAGUCAAAAUGGCUGCGAGUAAAACAGCUUCGAGUUUCCACAGUAUGCCGCAUAGAAACGGUACUUAUGUGGCUAACCAUGGAGGUAAUUCUCCCGCAGAUGGUACCCCAGACUUACAUCUCAAAAUGUCGAAAAAGAUCGCUCAACUUACCAAAGUUAUUUACGCGCUCAACACCAAAAAUGAUGAGCACGAAAAUGUUUUGGAAUACAUGAAAACGGCCCAUGAAGAAGAGAUGCAGAAGCUUAUGGCGGAAACAAAAGAAAGAGUGAACUAUUUUAAAACAAGGUUAAAUGCUGUUUCUGAACAAAGGCAGACGAUCGAUUUGUUAGAGUCGCAUUUGUCGAAGGAACGGCUCCAACGAGAAGAGGCGAUGUCGGAAUUUGAGAGAUUCAAGCGCCGAACAGAUGAUGAAGAAGCUCGUUUGAAAUCAGAGUUUUCUGAUAGGAUUUUAACCAUGUCCAAGGAAUUACUGGCCUCUAAAAAGGAGUUCGAAGAACGCUUGAAGGAUUUUCAGGCCACAAGGAAACUGCUAGAGGAAGAUAGGGACAAAGCUGUUGAGGAGUUAACGAGCAAACAUCACGACGAGAUCGACCAGCUUAUGAAAGCUCACCGUGUGCGUUAUGAUGAAGUUGUAAAGGAAAAACAAAGACUUGAAAAAGAAUUUCAGGAGAAGCUUGCUCGGGCAGAAUCUUCUAGUGAUGCUGUGACGGAAGAAAGACGUAGAAUUGAAUCUGAGUAUCAAGAAAAAUUGGACAAACUGAAAGCAUUUUACGAAAAGGAACUGGCUGCUUCGCGAACUUUGCAAGAAAAUUCCAAAGAAAUGCAAUUGAAAGAGUGGGAAAGUAGAGAGAGGGCUCUUAAAUCCGAAUGGAACAGACAAGAACGAAUCUUUAAGGACAGGAUUUCAGAGUUACUAAAUCAACUAAGUGAUGGAGAGCAACAUAUGUCCAUUUUAAAAACGCAACUAAAGGAACUGGAAUCCAAACUCGAAGGUAAAGAAGGUGACUCAACGACUUUGGCGAAACAACUCGAGGACGCGAGACUAGAGGGAUCCAAAGCCUUGAAAAGUUUAAGGGAGACGGAAAAUAACUUAACUGUGUCGAAAAAACGGUGUGAGGAGCAGGAGGCCGAAAUUGCUCGUCAAUCAAUGCAAAUCAGCAAACUUGAUGCAACCAAGUUGUCUCAAGAAACAACAAUCAAGGAACUGAAAACAAACAUUACAAGCUUAAAAAGUAAAUUGAGCAAGCUAGAGUCCGAACAUAAUGAUCUAGGAAAGAAGUUCAGUUCACACACAGUAGAAACAGACUUGGAGAGCAAGCGUCUUCAAAAGGAAAUUGAGAAACUUUCAAGGGAGAAGGAAGACUUGGAAUCAAAAUACAAUGCUGAGUUGAAAAGAGCUGGUGAACAAUCUACUAGCAAGGAAUUGUCACUGAGAAAAGAACUUGAAGAAGUCACGGCAAAGUUGAAGAAAGAUCACAGCAAAGAACUUGAGGAUAUUAAGACAAAACUUGGUAUUGACCAUAAUAACCACAUUAAGAAUUUACAUCAAGAAUUUCAAGAUAGCUUGUCUCAGAAAGAGAGAGAACUUUUGGAGAAGUCAGAGCAAGAACUUGAUAGAUUGCGAGUAGAGAAAAAUGAGGUUAUUGCUGAGUUUGAGAAUCAUUGCAGGGACUUGAAAAAUAAGUUGAGGGCGUCUGAAGAUGAAGUUCAGAGAUUGGAGAAGCUGGUUCAUGAUGGUGAGAAAGGACUGGGGUCUGCAUCAUCGCACAUUGACAGCUUGAAAACAGCCCUUAGUCAGACUAAGGAGGAAUUACAAAAGACAAAGGCUGACUUGCAAGAGGCUGAAAACAAGUACGCAAAGUCAAUGGAUGAUAUGUACAGGCUAGAAACACUCCAUGACAAAGCUCUAAAGGAUGCUAGAUUAGACUCAGAGGCUCAACUAACAUCACUUACCAAUGAGUUGGACACUAAAUGGAGUGAAAAAUUAAGGGAUGAAUGCAGUAAUCUGCGCUCUCAGCUGAAUGAACAGCACAGAGAGGAAAAUCGUGUGUCACUAGAGCAGCUGACAAAGCUAAAAGAUAUGCAGAGAGAAGAACUGAGAGCAGAGUUGCAAAGUAAAAUUGAUGCUCUGAAGAAAACUAUUGCUGAAACUCGAGGUGAUUUGGAAAGGGCCAACCGGAAUGCUACAACAGCUAAGCUUGACCUUCGCAAAGAAUUUGACUCACAGAGGAAACACAUGGAGGAAGAAAUGUCUGCAUUAUCUCUACAGCACAACAAGAGACUGGAGGAAUUGAUAGAAAAACACAAGGAAGAGCUCAAGAAGCUAGAGGGCCUCAAAGAUGAAGAAAUGAAGGAACGUGAGAGCACAUUACAGAAGAGUCACAGAGAUGAGAUCACAUCUCAACUGCAUGCAAAUAAACUCAUGAUAGAUGCUGUCAAAUCCCAAGCUGAACAGACACACAUAAAAGACAUUGAAGAGAUAAAAGUCAAACAUGAAAAUGAUCAAGAAAAUAUGAGAAGUGAGCUGUUGCGUGUACAACAGGAGGAAAUGCAGAGAUUGCAUAGAGAAUUUGAAGUUCAAUUAGCAGCUGUGAAACUUCAACUUCAACGUGCCAACGAGAUGCACUCCAAAGAUGAAAAUGAACAUCAGAAUCAGAUAGAAGAGCUUAGACGAGAGAUUGAAGAGAGAGAGUGCCAUCUAAAAGAACUGGAUGAGGAAAUCAGGGAAGUUAAAAGCAAUGUAGAAGAGCUUCAACACGAACUGCAAGCCAAAGGGCAGGAGAUACUUAGUGUCAGACGGGAGGCUAAUUCACAAAUGAGGAAACGAGAAGAGGACCUGGCUAGAUCACAUCAGAAAGAGGUGGACGCUAUAGCAGCAGAGCAUUUGCGCGAGACUCAGGCCUUGCUGACAGAGUUCAACAGAUCCAAGGAACUUCUCAGCGACAAGAUUUCUGCUUUACAAUUAAUGCUGGAGGAAGCUGAAGAAAAAUUCAGGAGCCGACAGUCGCGACCAGAAGACCUGGAAGUUAUUGAACAACUCAGGAGGGCCCUGGCUGAGAGGGAACUGGAUAUGAAGAGACUUGUGGAUGAGAAGAGGUAUUUUCAACUGGAGCUUCUCAACAGGGAAACAAACUUCAAUAAAGUUUUCAAAGCAGCUCCAAAUAUUGGUGUCAUCAACCCACUGCAGGCUAAAACAAAACCAGGAAAGGGAGGGGUGCGACAAGGCAGUACUCUUGUCAUGAACUCAUCGCAGCUGGAACCUAUCCCUAACAUGCCUGUGCAUGAGAAAAAACUUAAUAACAGUCGGCCCCUACCGCCAACCCCACCAAAGGAACCUCCAUCCCACAGGAAGACUACAGUCUACUAAAAAAAAAUACUGGACUGUCUUCUGACUUGUUACAUACAUUGCAAUGUUGAUAUGACUCCGUCUCUUUGUCGUGUAAUUGAAUCCUUAAGAUAAAGUGCUCACUUUGUUGUAUCUUUACCUGUAAAUACAGUAUUGGCGUAAUUAUCAAACAAGGGAGCUGUGAGAUGCCCACUGGGCUUCUUUUGUAUAUCUCAAAACGUUUCCCCAUACUAACUGGCUGCCCUCAUUAGAAAAAUUUGAUGGACAUGUCUUCCAACCUUCAACACAUGUAUAGUGUACAGCAGAAUGUAAAUAAUAGAACUGUAUGGAAUUUUGCAUUAGGAAGUUGUUUGUACACAAUGCAGUAUAGUAAUAAAUGUAUAAAAAGUGUUUGCAUCUA